AUGCCACACCUCCAUACCUGUCCUCACUGUGGCCGUGAUUUUAAGCGACCAGAGCAUCUGCGGCGUCAUUGCCGGACACAUACUAAUGAAAAACCAUUCGUUUGCUUCUGCGGAGCUGCAUUUUCGCGUACAGACUUGUUGCGCCGGCACGAGAAACUCACCCACCUGGCCCCUCUCGAGCCAAAUACCAAUCAUGCCGGCGAAUCUUCCACAACGGCACUCCCUAGACCAACCCCUCUACAACCCCCAAUGGGAGAUACGCAAAUCUCAAGAUCAUCAGUAGUUCCAAUUGUAUACGGCGAUUUUACUUUUAUUGAUCCCCUGGAUAGUCUCGAUGAAUUUGUUGAAGGCAUAGAAUUGCCGCCAGAGUUUGUUACCUCACCCAUUUCCCUCAACAUAUGUUGCGAUUCUGCAGCAGUUACAGAAAAUCCACCAUUGGAAGCAAAUAUCCAAGGUAAUCACGAUUUUGAGCACAACAAUGUUGGGCCUUUGCCUUUUAGCAGACAUUUACAUCCACAUGACUUUGGACUUACUGGAGCCUAUAAGCUUACCAAUCUCGAAAUUACCGACAAUGAUAUCAAGGUUCUUGAAGAGGGUCUCCGUCCAUUCGGAAACAUCGCCAAUGACUUUACUCUCCCAUCGCUCCGCACGGUAAUAAGAUAUAUGGAAGCCUGGCGUAUAGGAUUAUCCCGCCACUUCCCAGUCAUACACUUUCCUACCUUUCGUCUGGGAAACUGCAUUCCUGAGCUCAUUCUUGCUAUAACCGCGCUCGGCGCAGUGCAGGCAUUGGAAGAACAUACAUCCAGGAAGUUAUACAAAGCGGCUAGAGCUGUGGCUUUGGAGAGAUUGCAGGUCGACAGGUUCGACUCACAACCUGAAGCCAGGUCUUCCCCAGAUAAUAUUGGUCGAAUUCUGAAAUUGCAGUCCGCCCAAACUCUCGUUUUCCUCCUAAUAUAUUCGACUUGGGCCCGCGAUGCCUCUGUUGUUACCGAAGGAUUUGAGUUCCAUGAGCCCAUACUGCAGUACAUGCGAGGAUGCGAUGUCGCAAAACAUGACCACUCUAUCGAGCAGACCUGGGAUGAAUGGGCAUUAUCUGAGACCGAACGUCGGAUUUCUUUCCUUGCCUUUUGUUUCUUCGACAUUCAUACCAUCAUAUAUAAUCGACCACCAUCUAUCUUUACUAGAGAAAUUCACCUUCGACUCCCCUGUUCAGUAGAGGAGUGGCAAGCUACAGAUGACCAAGAGUGGGUUGCAUGUCGACAAGCGAAGCCGUCUGAUCUGAUGAGCUUUAAAGAUGCACUUGAGUCCCUCGUGACGACUGGGGCAGCGGGUUGGGAAACCUUGCCUUGCGCUUUUGGCAAUCUGAUAUUACUCCACGGAGUCUUGCAGCGUAUAUAUUUACAACGCCAGCUUUCAUUUGGAUCCAGGUUGGAAGAUCAGAAAAUUCACGAAAUCCACAGCUCAGCACUCUCAUCGUGGGCCAGUAUAUGGCAGCGCGUGUCGGGCUCCGAUUUACAUCCAAGCAGCGAGCAUGGACCAAUUCCUUUCACUUCUGUUGCAUUUCUAACCGUAGCAUAUUGGCUAGAAACUAUUGCUGCUACGCAAAUGUCAAAUGCAUUGGAAGCAUAUGAGCGCCACAUACUGUCAUCUGUUGAAUCCGUCAUUAAGGAAGCCGUUGACUCUGCAGAUUGGGAACACACGGAUACAACAUCCUGGUUUCAAGGUCCCCGGCAUAUGGGCAUAGCUGUGUUGAAAGUAUGGUCGAAGAUCUUCAGCGAGAAGUCUGCAUGGGCAAUCACAGUGCACGUUGGCGAAUGUCUAAAUGAAUACGCGGGGAUGUAUGAGAGAUCAUUUCAGUAUAUGGCGUAG